GUAAUCUUACCCAUUACUCCAUUUUGGAGUUGAACUUUUUUUAUUUAUAAAAUGAUCCUUUGAAUCUUUAAUGUUUCUAUUUUUUACUUAAAUAAUAUUUAAAAUGAUUCAAUAACAUGAAAUUGCAGAAGAUGAAAAUGAGCGUGAACUUGAUGCACCAAUUGAACUUGAAAGAGAAGCUCCACCUCCAGAUAUUGAAAUUGCAGAAGAUGAAAAUGUCCGAUUUCAAAAUUUUCUUGCUCGAUUUAGGAAUAUCAAAAAUAAAGAAGCUCAUUUUUCAUUACGAAAUGCAUUAGUUGAUCAUUUGUGGGAAAAAUAUUCUAAUGCUCAUUGUUGAACCUAUAUAUAUGUUGUCUUUUUUAAUGAUUUCUUGUACUUUUUAAUAAUAAAUAUUUAAUUCAAAUAAUUUAUAUUUUAAUUAUUAUCGUGAACAUAAAAUAAUUGGGGUUAAUUGGUAAAUUUUUAUAAGUAUAAGAUUUUAUUUGCAAUUUUUAAUAAAAUAAAAAUGAAAUUAUUUAAGAAAUAUUAUUUUUGGAGUAGAAAAUGGAGUAAUACAUUGAAGUAAAACCUUACUCUAUUUUGGUGUUGCACCAUUUUGGAGUAAAAAAUGGGGUAAUACAUUGGAGAUGCUCUUAGGAGUCCUAUGUUUCCUCGUCUUCUUCCCUUGACUGCUACAAAAAAACCACCAUCUCCUGCUUCGCCUUCCUCUUUCUCCCCAGCAUCGCACUUCCGAUCUCUAUUGGACUCAACAACCUCCUCUGGUUUAUGCGGGAGCAUCAUCGACUGCACCAAUUUCCGAAGGACAUUCCUCCGUGGAGUCUGGAUCAUCGUCGCACCAAUCCCGUCUGAGAGAGAUCAAAGUUAGGGUAGAGAAUCUAGGGUUUCUAGUGUUGAUUUGGGAAUCUUGGUAAAAACUAAUAAAAGAUAUAACGUUCCAAAGGUUCAAAAAGAUUAACUGUAAUAUCUGAUUUUGGGAGGGAAGAAGAUUUUGUUUUCCUUUUUUCCGCUAAUCUUAUGACCUUGUUUGGAUCAAUAAUAGUUCAGCUAUUUUUCCAGCUAUUUUAAUGUUUAACAUUGCGAUAAUCUCUUUAGCUUUAUACCUCUGCUCGUUCGUGAAAUAAAAGAGGCAAGUGGGUUUUAUUAACUGGACAUCUAUUCAGAUUCUUAAUUUACCAGAUUAUUCCUAAUUUCUUUAACCGAUUUCGGUGGAAAUGUUUACAUACAUUUAUUUGGAAUACAUCACUUUAUUAAAUUCCAAAAUAAAAUUAGCUAAGUGUGACAAACAAUAUUAAAAGGAAUUUCAUUUUUUUUUUUAAAUAAAACAAUCUUUCUUCAGUUUUGUUCUUUUUGUUUCAUAUAUCAGAAAAUUAAAUGAAUUUGUAGAGUGAAUGAUACUCUCUAAUUCACUAUCUUACUAACAAUUCAGUUUUUCAUCCUUUUUUAAUCUUUCUUUCAAAAAUCUAUUUUUUGUUCAUUAUAUCGUUUUAAAAGUAACCAGCAAUACACAAUUGAAAUGAUGUUUACGAAGUUUGAUAAUAUAAUUUAUCACGUAAGAAAAUAACUUUUUUUUAUCAUCGAUUUAUACAGAUUUAUAUCGACUCUGUGAACCAAAUCGGUAGAUAAUCUGUAGUUAACCAAAUUAUCACAUUAAUAAAAAGGAAGAUAACUUGUAGUUCUACUUCUAUGAUUCUAUCGACUACAAUUUAAUCUCUGUUGAUCGUAAUACCGGUAAAUCAUUCCGGUGGGGUCAAACCGAACGGAUAGAUACACAAAAGACUAAAGAGGGACAAAACCGUCAUACCGAAAAAUAUGUCACCUGCAACAUCACUAAGCUACCGUUGUCUUUUGUCUGCUGCUCAUUUCUCACUCCAGCUCUCAACUAUUUCAGAAAAGCUUAAACCUUUACUCUCUCUCUCACUUAAAGAGGAAGAAGAAAGCUUAAAAACAUGAAGAACCCAGAAAAACCCAUACUCCUGUUUCUAAUCCUAGCUUCCACCUUAGCAUCAACGGCCACUUCAAAAUCAACAAUAGAGCCCUGCUCCACAAGCUCCACGUGCAACUCCUUCCUCGGCUACACACUCUACACCGACCUCAAAGUCACAGAGCUCGCUUCCCUCUUCCAAGCCGACCCAGUCUCCAUCCUCCUCUCCAACUCCAUCUCCACCUCCUACCCCGACGUCGAGAACCACGUCCUCCCUUCCCACCUCUUCCUCAAGAUCCCCAUCACCUGCUCCUGCGUCGACGGCAUCCGAAAAUCCACCUCCACUCGUUACAAGACCCGCACCUCCGACACGCUCGACUCCAUCGCCGGCUCCGUUUACGGCGGUCUCGUCUCCCCCGAGCAGAUUCAGGUGGCCAAUCCGGAUAUCGAGUCUCUUGAUGUUGGGACGAGCCUUGUGAUUCCUUUGCCGUGCGCUUGCUUCAAUGGGACGGAUGAGUCUCUCCCGGCGGUUUAUCUGUCUUAUGUUGUGAGAGGUGUGGACACGAUGGGUGGGAUUGCGAGGAGGUUCUCGACUACUGUUGCGGAUUUGACGAAUGUGAAUGCCAUGGGAGCUCCUGAUAUUAACCCUGGUGAUAUCCUCGCUGUCCCAUUGCUAGCUUGUGGUUCAAACUUCCCCAAAUACGCUACGGAUUACGGACUGAUCAUUCCAAACGGAAGCUACGCUCUCACCGCAGACCACUGUGUACAAUGCAGCUGUGCACUCGGAAGCCGCAGUAUGUACUGUGAGCCUGCUUCUUUGGAAGUCUCUUGCUCUAGUAUGCAAUGUAGAAACAGCAAGUUCAUGCUAGGGAACAUCACUUCGCAGGAGACUAGUGCUGGUUGUAAACUCACCACUUGUACUUACAAUGGUUUCGCCAAUGGCACUAUCUUGACCACGCUAUCCAGGUCUCUACAACCUCGAUGUCCUGGACCUCCACAAUUGGCUCCCCUUAUAGCUCCACCUGAUACUGUUCCAAAGGAGCUGAUGUUUGCACCUUCACCCUCACCUACACCUUCACCCGCACCGGCGUCUGAUGGUGUUGUUAGUGAAGGACCCUCCACAGUUGCAGCUGCACCAAGAGGACCUACGGUUGCUUCAAGCAGUUCUAUUCCUGGCUAUCCAGCUAAUGGUCCAGCUGGGAGUAUCUCUAUAGCUUCUUGCCUGACUAGCUAUCACUCACUCGUUGUGUCUUUUAUCUCUUUUGCUUCUUACUCUUCUGUAAUCUUGGUUUAGUGGAAGGUGAUAUAUUACCAUUAGUCUUUGUUAAUUAUAUGAAUACUAGUGUGACUGAGUGUGUGAUUGAAUCAGCUUUGUAUUGAUGGAAAGCCAGUUGACGGUUUGAAAAGCGUCCGGUUAACUGUCUUGCAAGUAGAUAAUUUUAAUGCUUUGGUAUUUUUGUUUUUGAUUUAUGGGUUAUUUCAUUAGUCUUUUGGAUCCUAUGCUUUUUUUUUGUGUGUUUUUUUUUAUGUUAUUUUUUUUUGUCUGUGA